AUGGCGGCGCUGGGCGCGCUGGUGAAGAAGGCGUGGAGCGUCCGGCGCUACGUGGUGCUGCUGGCCGCGCCGCUGGCACUGGUGCCCAUCCUGCUCAGCCUGCCCCCCAAGGAAGGAAGAUGUCUCUAUGUGAUCCUGCUGAUGGCCCUGUACUGGUGCACGGAGGCACUGCCCUUGGCUGUGACAGCCCUGCUGCCCAUCGUCCUCUUUCCCUUCCUGGGGAUCCUCCCCUCUAACAAAGUUUGCCCACAAUAUUUUUUAGACACCAAUUUCCUCUUCCUCAGUGGUUUAAUCAUGGCCUCAGCCAUCGAGGAGUGGAAUUUACACCGCAGGAUCGCCCUCCGUGUCCUCAUGCUGGUGGGAGUCCAGCCAGCCAGACUGAUUUUAGGGAUGAUGUUGACCACGUCUUUCCUGUCCAUGUGGCUAAGUAACACAGCCUCCACUGCUAUGAUGCUUCCAAUCGCCAAUGCCAUUUUAAAAAGCCUUUUUGGGGAGAAAGACACUUCUAAGGAUAUGAACAGGGAAAAUGAAGAAAACCAAGCAUCUUUACAGCAGAAUAAACUUUACACUGUACCAACUGAGAUGCAGUUUCUGGCAAGUACUGAGGACAAAGACCUCUCAGAGGAGAAGGAGAUGGCCAAUGAUGCUCUCUCAGACUUGAAGAAGGAGGAGGAGUACAAAACAAACAUAUGGAAAGGGUUCCUCAUCUCCAUCCCCUACGCGGCCAGCAUCGGAGGGACAGCAACUCUGACCGGCACUGCACCAAACCUCAUCCUGCUGGGCCAGCUGAAGAGUUAUUUUCCAGAAUGUGAUGUGGUGAACUUUGGUUCUUGGUUUAUGUUUGCAUUUCCUUUAAUGCUGAUUUUUCUUCUCAUGGGAUGGCUGUGGAUCUCCAUCCUGUAUGGAGGAAUUAACCUCAGGGGCUGGAGAACAAAAAAGUCAAAUUUAAGAGUGGAUGCAGAAGCCCGAGCCAGAGAAGUGAUAAAGGAGGACUAUCAGAAACUGGGUCCAACAAAGUUUGCAGAACAGGCAAUUUUCUUCUUCUUCUGUGUGUUUGCCAUCAUGCUUUUCUCCAGGGAUCCCAAAUUCAUUCCAGGUUGGGCCAGCUUGUUUUCACCAGGGUUUAUCUCGGAUGCAGUUACAGGAAUCACCAUUGUCAUUAUUCUCUUCUUCUUCCCUUCACAAAAACCUUCCUUCAGGUGGUGGUUUGACCUGAAAGCACCCAACACUGAGAUGCAGCCCUUGCUGACAUGGAGGAAGGCCCAAGAGACAGUGCCCUGGAACAUCAUCCUGCUGCUGGGAGGGGGCUUUGCCAUGGCAAAGGGCUGUGAGGAGUCUGGUUUGUCUGUCUGGAUAGGAGGCCGUCUGCAUCCCUUGGAGGGUGUACCACCGCCCGUGGCUGUCAUCCUCAUCACCAUUGUCAUUGCCUUGUUCACAGAGUUUGCCAGCAACACAGCCACUAUCAUCAUCUUUUUGCCUGUCUUGGCAGAGCUGGCCAUUCGUCUGAGGGUGAACCCCCUCUAUUUAAUGAUACCAGGGACCAUAGGCUGCUCCUAUGCAUUCAUGCUGCCAGUCUCAACACCUCCCAACUCCAUUGCAUUUUCUUCUGGGCACCUGAUGGUGAAGGACAUGGCAAGAACUGGGUUGCUCAUGAAUCUUAUGGGAGUUCUGCUUCUUAGCUUGGCUAUGAACACGUGGGCCAAGACCAUCUUCCAGCUGGGAACCUUCCCUGCAUGGGCCAACAUCCAUGCAGAAAAUGCCACUUCAGUCUUGCCAGCUGUAGAAAAUGUCACUUUAAGUGCACUAAAUAAAAUAUGA